AUGGCCUGUAGUUCUAACAUUCCAGGUCAGGAACUUGCGUCGCGGCACAUUUUCAAAUCUAAAAGAACGAUAUCGACUCCAUAUCUGAGUGCCGUGGUUGGUCUAGCUGCUAUUAGCCAAAGAAGUAGCUCAAAUACAAAGCCAGUCGCCGAGCAGACAUGCCAACAAGCAGCACUGGCAGGAGACUGCAGCACGGUUCAAUGGCUCAAGUCGAUCCGACUCCGCUUCUUCGCGAAUUAUUGCUUCUUCUAUGAGACGCCGUCUUGUUUUUUGUUGGCGUUUUCUCCCGGGUUAAGGAAAAGAAAACCAGAAUUUGUCCUGCCGUCGCACGGUUUACGAAGCUGCGCCAUUGUGGCUACCUGUUAA